AUGGAGACUACAGCUUGUCCGUUCGACGAUCUUUCUGACGAUCUUCUCUCGUAUCUCCUUUCCCGGCUCGGCCCGGACCUCUUUUCGUUUCGCCACGCCCUCGUCUGCAAGCGAUGGCUCCGCGUCGCACGCGUCUCUCAGACCGACAUUCGCGUCGCCAGUCGCAGGGAGAUCUCCAGCGUGUCGUUGCUUCGCGCAUUGUCAACUAUGCCGAACCUGACAUCACUGCAGCUAGCGAAUCGCAGCCUUGACGUGGUCAACGAUCAGAUUAUCUCCGGUUUAGGCUCGGCAUUGCCGAACCUCAAGCGAUUUUCGCUGACGGCGACCAGGCGUGUGUCGUCAGCUGGAGGAGUCACGGAAAUAGGGUUGGACGGAUUUUUCCAAGCCUGUACGCGAUUAGAGAGGCUCGGACUUCACACUAUACCGAGCGUCAAGUUCCUCCCUCCGUCCUUAAUUUGUUUGACACAACUGGAGUUUCUAGACAUCUCAUUGGAUGACCUUCGCAGCCUGCCCGAAGAAAUCUCGCAGCUGCCCGCGUUACGCGUCCUACACCUCCAAGCGCCUCACCUCAGGGCUCUGCCCAAAAGCCUGGGCAGACUGAAGAAUCUCAGCGUUCUAGAGCUGGUGGAGUGCAAUUCGUUGCCUGCCCUGCCAGAAUCUUUUGGGCAGCUCUUUAACCUCGUUCACUUCAGUGCCACCACCUGCUAUAGCUUGACAUCGCUACCCGAAAACUUCGGUCAGCUGCAAUCUCUCAAGACGCUCGAGCUCGCUCUUCCCUGCCUCACAAGCCUCCCAGAAUCCCUCGGGCAACUGCCAAAACUUUGGAAUCUGAUCCUCUGCUCCUGCCAUUCCCUCCAUUACCUCCCAUCCUCCAUGAGCCGUCUAUCCUCGUUAGAGGGUCUUGAGAUAAGCGAAUGUUUUCUCACUCUUCCCGAUGACAUUGGCUUUCUUCCCAAUCUGUGGAGCCUGGAGAUCCACAACUGCGAAAAUCUUACGGAGCUGCCCGUUUCCCUCCCCAAGCUGGACCGGCUGACCGACCUUGUGAUCACGGGCUGCCGAAACCUUUUCAGGCUGCCCGAGGAUAUCGGGGAUUUGCCGGCUUUAGAAAAGUUGGAGCUUUGCAACACGUACCAGCUCUCGCACUUGCCCGACUCGUUCGGGCAGCUUAAAAAUCUCCGGACCUUGAAGCUGCUUGCCUGCAACAGGCUUACCACCCUUCCUCACACAUUCUCCCAACUUUCUUCUCUUGAAAGCCUCAAGCUCAUUAACUGUGAACUUUUCUCUGCCCUGCCUGAAGAGUUUUCGCAGCUGCCCAACCUCCAAGAAUUGUCCAUCAGCUGGUGUCCUGAGUUUCGGCAUAUCCCAUCUUCAUUCACCCAGCUUUCAUCUUUAACUCAUUUCACGGUCAACUGCUGCCGAAAUUUCUCAGACCUUCCUGAAGGCGUUGGGCUCAUGUCAAAUCUGAAGUCGUUUGAGCUAACGGGAUGUGACCGGCUGACACGACUACCCCCGUCUUUAGCGUUGCUCUGUGAGAUAGAGAGGUUGGAGAUAAGUGGGUGUUCAAACAUAGUAGAUGCACCACUCUUCUUAUGCCAUCUUAUAGGUUGA